UAUUUGUUUUGUUUAAAUAAAAAUGGAAACUUCGUAUUUUAAAAGCUGUAUAGUGCCCCAGUGUAUAAGUACAAGUAUAAAAACUCCGACUAAAUUAUUCAUACGUGUUCCGGUCAAGAAAAAUAUGCGAAAAAAGUGGUUAAAACUGGCAAGGAGGACUGAUGCUCAUUGUUUAUCAACGACAUCGAGAAUGUAUUUUUGUGAAGAUCAUUUCGAUUUGCCAAACGAUAUGCUGAAUUAUACAGAGUACCAUAUUAUGGGAACGGUAUCUUAUGCACGAAUGAAACCAGGUUGUUUACCACGUAAAUUUGAAUGUCAAGAAGACAGAAGAAAACGAAGCUGCACUAGUGCAGAGCGGCCAUACAUGAUAAAAAAACAGAGAAUGUCUACAAUAGCAGAGUGUCUUCAAGAAAGUUGUACACCUAGCACUUCCAAUGAACUGCUAGACAGUUGUACACCAAGUACUCCCCUAGAGCAACAACCUCAAACAAGUUCACCAGGUUUUCAAACCAUUGAAGAAAAUACACCAAACAUGAUAUAUAAGCCGACAGCAGAUAAAUCCAUUCAAGUAAUCUUUACACAUAAAUAUAGAAGUAAGGCGAUCCAGACCCAUGUGAAAACAAUAGAUCAAGCAAUAUCACCUCUGAAGCCAUCUAUGACAUCUAGUACUACAUCCCCAUUUAAAGUAACAACCUGUAAAAAAUCAAGACCUUCAUCAUGUAUGCUAAAGAAGAUUACUAGAAAUAUACUGAUUCCAGAAGAACAGUCUGACAGUGAUAUUUCUCUAUACACACCAUCUGUGCCAUCUUCUAACACAAGCUCACCAUCAGUGCAUGCAUUACAAGUGAAAUCAUCUUCGGACUGUAGUGAUUUUAUUGCAGAAGACAGAAAAAUAGAAGCAGCUUAAUUAAAUGCAGCAUAAUUAAAAAUGUAUAAAAUUAUUUAAUUCGAAAGGCCUACUGUAUUUGUGAUGUUUUUUUAUUUUUAAUUUAAUAAAUAACAAUUGUAUUCCGAACCCAAGUUUGAUAAAAAUGUAUUAAAUGGAUAUUAUUUUAUAAA